GUAACUAGCCCGCUGAGCUGUUAGUAACUGAGAUUCUCUAAGUAGUUGUGAUUACUGUUCCAACCAAACAGUAACAAUGGACAUCUCUCACAGAGAUUCCGUACUGUUCACCUCUUGUCUCAAAACACCUAUCAACCCUCAAACCAAAGUUCCGACAACUCUUUAUGAGCGGGAGAGAGUGGUACAGUUGCUCCCAAUGCACAAGCCACAUCACAGUUCGGACGACAAUCAAAACUUUGAGGAAGCACGAGCACAGCACUGGCAUAAGGAUGACAGUGGAGAUGAGUCUGUGGAAUCCAGCUCUGAAAAUGAAAAAGACCAAAGUUAUAAACACUUUAAAAAUAAGGAACCUGAGGAUAAUCUGUAUGUCCAUGAAAAGUACCACUCCAAUGAAGAUUAUUACAACAGACUAGAGGAACUAAAGCAAGCCCACAUGGAAGCCAUGAAAAAAUUAGAACACAUGUAUCAAAACAAACUGCAUCUGAAAGGUGUGCAACUACUGGAUAAUGACCAUGACAUUUCAGAUCAAUAUUGCAGUUCAAAACAGAAAAGCAACCCACACCUCUCACCAAGGAUAUGCAUGACAUUGAACCAGUUUGAAGUGGACAGCACCAAGCACGCAGAUAUGUCUGACAGUUCAGGUGAGGCUGCAGAAAAUACAGAGGUGGAAACCGUAACUGAAAGUGAAAGUAUGUCUUCUUUGCAAGAUCACAUAUAUAAAAUGUGGGAUGGAUUUUCUGUAGAAGAUUACGUUCAGACAAGAAAAUAUAACCAACUAAGUUCAAAUCAAAUAAAAAAAAUGAAGAAGACAAAAGAGUGGUCACCAAAGAUAACAAUACCUGAACCAUUUCAUAUGACCAUAAGAGAAGCUAAAAAACAGAGGGAGUGGAUGAAGUCAAGAUCUGUGGUGGAUCUGGAAAAUUACAUGCUACAAAAGCAAAUGGAAGAAGAAGCUGAAUGUCAGAAGAAAUUUCGUGCUAACCCAGUGCCUGCUACAGUGUACCUUCCACUUUAUGAUGAAAUAAUGGCAAGGAAUGAAGAAAGAAGAAAGUUUGUAACAGAGAGAAGCAAAGAAAUUCUUAUUUCUACACAGAAACCUUUCAGUUUUAUUGAAAGAGAAGAGAAAAAGAAACAACUUAGGAAACUGCAGUUGAGGGAUAUUGCACCACCUAAAAUGAAAAAGACAAAAUUUAAAGCAAAACCCGUGCCAAAAUAUGUUUAUGAUCCAAAUGUGAAUGAACGGAUUAAAGAACAGGAAUUAUAUCGAGCUAUUAAAAUGCACAUGAGGGCUCAAGAAUUGCUGAACAGUUCUUACCUUCCACGGAACAUGCAUUCAAGAAGUGCCCCACCUCAGUGUGGAAAAUGCAGAUAUGCCAGCUUAAGUGACAAUGCCACAUUUAGACCUAACAUUAAUUCUAAAGUUCCUGACUUUGAAAUGCUCCACCAAAAAAAUCAGAAACAACUCAUGGAGAAAAAAAAUUUGAAAGAAACCACAGUCUGUGAACCCUUUACUCUCUGCACUUCACAUAUUCUGUCCAGAAAAGAUAAAAUUUUGCAAGACAUUGAAGCUGAUGAAGAAACUUUGAAAGAGACUCGCUGGCCUUACAAAUCUUAUAGACAUCCACCAGGGGCCCAUUGCUCUAGUCCAAAUUAUUCACCAAUGGCAUCUUUUGAUUCCAGGCCUGCAAGAGGAACUAAAGCAUCAAAUAAGAGACAAGAAGCUGUCAAAAAACAAGACAAACAGAGAAUGAAACAGUAUUUAAAAGAGUUGGAAGAGAUGCAUGAUCGUGUAAAUAACAGACCCUUGUUACUACAACAAGUUACUCAGCACAAUGCCAAACAAGCAGCAGAGAAGCAUUAUUCUGACAUAUUAAGGGAAGUUGGAUUGAAUGAUGAAUUUGUUUCAAGCAAAGGAAGAACUUCAAAAAAGUUACAUUACCAUGUCAGUGAUACAGAUUCAGACAUCAGCAGUGACUGUGCUAAAAGGCAUGCAGAUGAAAGAUGAAAAGCAUAGUGUUGGAUUUUGUGACUAUGAAGAUGAUUAUGAGAACCCAGAUGAAAGUGAAAAUCCAGAUGAAGAGGGAAAAUGUGUAUUUGAAAAGCAGAGUGAUGAUGGAUCUUUAAAACUGUUUGAAGAACUAUCACCGUGAAGCUUUUGUCUAGCUUUAUUGCAAGCAUAUUGCUGGAGCUGUCACUGAAAACUUCAGCCUUGUAUCUGUUUAACCUUUCUGAAUGGUACUUGAUAUCCUACUGUACUUGAAGUGGUCUUUUAUUGUUUACCAAACACCUUGAACUCAGUAUGCAUCUGGUCUAUGUAUAGAUUUUGGACUGAGGUAAAACUGCGUUGAAAUAGGUAAAGGGAUGGUUUCCAAAAUUAUUCAUUUCACAGUUGGGGUUAAUUGCUUCCCAGGCUUGCAAUGCCUUCCCUGCCCAGUGUAUGUGAUUGUGGAAACUGACAAGCCUUUAUGGGUAUCUCUUUUCUUUACUUGCAGUUCUAAAGCAAAUCAUUGUGUCUGUCUGCUUCUGCCUCCAAUGUAAGAAUAAAUGGAUGGACCACACCUGUCAGGGCAGGCAUGCCAUUAUACCUCAGCUCUUUUUGGGUGAGCACAAGCUACACACUAUUAGAUUUAAUGUUUCCCAUACCAUGGAAGCCAUGGUAAUGCACUCUGUAGUCAUAGUAGCACACACUGUGGAUUAGUUAUAGUUAUAUGUUUGGUGACAGUAGGCAACAUUGCAUUUUCCAUAUGGUAAUAUUGAUAGGUAAUAUUGCAGUAGUGAGAGUGGAAAAAUCCAUCAGGAAUUUUUUUUUUUGUGCGACAGAAUGUGACAAAUCAUGUUAGCAUUACUGUGUUCACUCUCAUUGUCUGUGCUGAUUGUACUUAGUUUGGUUUUCUGUUUAAUAGGAACUCCAGAGCUUUGUCUGUGUAGGAAGCCUAAAAUACCUUCUACCUUUAUAGUGUAACAUGUACCCACCACAAUUCCCAAACCUGUAACCACCUCCCCAAGCCAGACCUAUCUUUUAGUUUGCAGGAGGCUGUAUACCUUACAUCUCACCACCAUUAAACUAUUCCAUUUGUGCUAUUAUUAACAGCACACUAACACUGAUACAGAGUACAUCAUGCCGUAGUGACUGCUUUGUAUAGUAGCAUAACACAAAAUUGGCAUAUGUAUACACACCACACACACACACAAAAUCUGUCCUCUGAUAAAAUAAUUGUUUUAAUUCACUGGACCUGGACCAGCUGUUUGAUCAUUGGUACAGUACAUUACCUGUACUCCGCCUCCAUACCUCUUCACCUAUGGGCUCCAACAUCUGUGCAGUGUCCAUUCCAUGCAUAAGUGUAUUCAUUCACAUACUACACUUACAUGAGUCAUACCUUCUGUAGCUCAUACCAUAAGUUUACAUGCAAGUGAUCCAUUGUUUUUGAGAUGUUCGAUAUCUACCCCCUUACACUGUGGAGUAUGGUAGAUAAGAUUCACUGCAGUACAGUUUUACUUAUUUAGUACUGAAGUGUAACGGAAGAUUAUUGCAUGAAGGGAAGUCCAAGCAAAAGAUCUAAGAUUCUGUAUCAUGACUGGGGAAUUUUUGAGGUAAAGUACCUAAUACAUUUAAUGGGAUUGCAUGUCAUAUAAUUGAAAUUUAUGGCAGAAAUGUAAAAAGAGGCUUCAGAGCAGCAUAUGUAUUAUGCAUAGGUCCCAUCAAUUGCUUUUGGGGAGCAGAUAUGGAAUAAGUUCUAUCUUCUAAUUCUUGUGGAUCACCAGGAAUUGUUAUGGGUUCAUCUUUAUUCUCGAGACAGUUUCGUAUGGGUAGGGUAGCAACAUUUGCUCUGAGGAUGCCUUGCACAUCAUUGCCUGGGUUUGUUAAAUUAGUCCCAUGAUGUAGAGGAGAAGGGUUAAUAAAGUAUAAGUACAUAUUUUAGCUCCACCUAGAACCAAGCAGCAAUUAUGUUUGUUUUCAACACUGACAUGAAAUGUUAUAUCCUCAAUGUUUUCUUACAUGUUUUUCCUUGUUUCUUAUCUUUCUUGAUUAUAUGUAAUGUUGUUGUCAUUGCAUUUUUUCGCACAGGAGUUAGGGUUAAACCUGUGAUCAUAAGCUAACUAUAGCUUUUUUGUAAAACAGACUGAUACAAAUUUAAUAUGUAAAGACAGCAACUAAAGAGAUGCAAAGUGUAAGGAAUUGUCACGAAUUCAUAAGACAAGUUUACCUUUCAGAGUUACCACCUCAGAAAAAUCAAAAACCUGAUGAAAGCCACACCCCUUGUUCUGUCUGUUGCCCUUCUUAUUCCAUCCCUUCCUUGACCUCUCUCCACCCAUUUUUCUAAAACGUUAACACCUCAACAUGCCCAUUUUGUGAAGUAAAUUGGCAUGUCUUCUUAUCAAUACAGGAUGUAAAAUGUCUCUGUUUUUCCCAAACUACCUUUGGAUACAGUUAUACUGCACUGAUGCAGUGCUUGUACAAAACUGAACAUCUGGAGGCAGAGACUUUGCAAACCCCUGUAUUAUGUGUAUUGUGUGACCACUGUUCUAAAAUAAAGCAUAUCAUGUUAUCAUACAAAUACCAAGACUUCCUCAUUUUUAGCCAUCUGUGUAGUAUGUUGUGUCAGUAUCAGGACCACUACUCUUUACUGUUUUCAAAAAUUAUUUACUGUUAGUAAACCAGUGCCCAGUUCCCUGCUGUAUACAAAAUCGCCCGGUCAUUGGGUAUCACUCACGAAGUCCCAACAUAUCAUAAGAAUUAUAGGAUGACUUAAAUGUAUUGAAAUUACUAGUGACUUGAAACAUGAUGUUAAAUCUUACAAAAAAAAAAGAUAUGCUGUUUGGUACUAGCAAAUGAUUAGACAAAGCUCCUAAUAAGUGAGGCAUGUAAUAUUCUUAUGGCUUAAAAAUGCCAACAGUACCAACAUUCAAAUAUCUUAGUCUUUCCCUAAAUCACAGUUAAAGGUCACAUUCCAUUUAGAAAGUAUGAAAGGGAAAAUAACCAGUUAUUUAAUGUCGGGCAAAUGAUUUUAUGACCAGAAAGCCAGACCAGCCAUUGUUAAAGAAACAGUCCUCCUCAAGUUAGAAUAUGAACUUCCUAUUUGCAUUGUCAACCAAUAUCAAAGCUGUAUUAGAAGCCGUCUCAAAGAGGAGCAGCCAUUUUGUGGUCUCUACAUCCAAACAUGAGUGCCACUCCAUCUCACUGAAAAGGCCAUCUGCCUGCCUACCUGAUUGUCACAAACCAGGUGGUUCAGUUACAGUGCAGCUUACUGUUUACUACAGCACAUAUUUUGUCCAUUAUUACCUUCAGAAGAUCGGAUACAAGACAGCCAUUAUAUAACCAGGUCAACAAAGACAGGAUACACCUUCUAAUCCAUUUGAAGAAUUAAUAUACUAAAUGCAUAUCACAGAGUCAUGGACUGGGCAAAACUCCCCCUUAAGGAGUGAUAUGCAACAAACCUAGUUCAGUUUGCUGCAGUGGCCUAGGAAUAAAAUAAAACACAACUGAAAGUUAUACCUAGACAUUGAAAUAUUGUAAAGUGAAAAUGUCUCUUCAUACUUAGUUCCUUCAUCCUUCGUCAUGUAUCACUUCUACAUCAGACCUCCUUAGCUGCAAUACUGGAGAUAAUUUAAGGAUGUCACAAUGUUACCUCAGACCUCAGUGACACAAAUUGCUAUAUGUAAUUCAAUAUAUAUUUUAUGUGUGGUGAAUAUCAAAUAUUGCAAAUGACUUGAUGGGCAAUUAUAUGCAGUCUCAUUACAACAUGUAUCUUAUAAAGAAUAUAUCUGGACAGCCUUCAUGCAGAUCAUAACCAAACCUUGACUGUGGAAAGAAAUGUACAUGCAUAUGCAUACACAUUCUUACCCACCAAAAUAAUGAUAUUGCAGAUUCAACCAAAGUGCACAAUUGGAAUGUGUCUUGUAAUAAAUAUUGGAUUAAUGGUAAACAAAUAAGAUAUUUCAUAUUUAGAUAUAUUUUAUGUAUUUCACUGUUGAUAACCGAUAAUGCAUUGCAUUUUUGACUCUGUAGACUGAAGAUAUUUUACUUGGGUAUUACUGAAUCAUAGCUGAAAAUUGCCAAUGUGGAUCAGUCCACCUAUUCAGUUAACAAACUGAAAAAAAUAAAUGGAAACAUGAAGAGUGAGGAUAUAUAGUGUAUGUGUGUUAGUGGUACUUGUACACAUUGCAUAUGACAGCCUCAGAUGGCAACACCAUUGGUUUCCUGUAACAGUAACUAAAUGCCACAUUUUGCAGUUCUGACAUUUUUAUUCCACAAUUUUAUUUUUAAAAGUAUGAAGUCAUAUUGUACAACACCUUCCCUUUGAUUCUCCUGAUAAAUCUUUCUAGUCUUCCCACUUCUGUGCCAUUUUCAUUUUUUAAAGAAUAGUUUGCUCUUUUUACAUUAUCCAAUAUCAUUUGCAGAAAGAUAUGUGUUUUAUUUUCUUGUGCUCUU